CUGCCGACCAAUGGCUGGAUGCCACGUGUCACUAGGCCAUUGGGCCACGUGUUUAGGGUAUUUUUACCCCAAACACAGCACAUUAUCACAAAUCGUAUGAGAGAAUCUUCACUUGUUCGUCGCAUAAUUUCCCUAGAGAUUCAACAACUAUUCUAUAGAGAUUUUUUUCGCUUUUAUGCGCAGUAUAUAAAUGAUCUUAUAGAGAAUUCUUUGCAUUUAUGCAUGGUAUAGCAAAUUAUUUGAAUUGUGUUUUCCAGAAAAGAUGCAUAUAUCAUUUGCAUUGCAUUACCGAUUGAUUGAGUCUUGUACCUUUCCUGACCCUGUAUUUUGACUUCAUUAGCUUGUCGUGUAGACAAUUAAGGGCGGAACACAUGCUUUUUGAGCUGAUAUUAGUGUGGGAUACUUUUUACGUAGUAGAAAUUAUCUCGUGUUGUAGCUGAUGGUAAACAUUUUGCAAACGCCUAACAUAACAUUUCCAGAAUGUUGGCUAUAAUAUGUGACACUUUGGUUGGUAAAGAUCGUUAUAAUAGUAAUAAUUAAGUAGAUGAUGUGGGAUUUCCAUCUCUCUUUCAUGAUUCGGGCAAUUUGAACCUCGGAUGGUUGUUAUUUAAUGUGCUGAUUAGUGCAUUAUUGGCUAUCUUAACUAUUGUGAAGUGGAAAUGUGGAAUGGACAACUCCAAUUACGGAGCUAAGCAAAUAUAUUAAAGAAAAGUUUGCAAAUUGCAGCCAUUUAAUUUUUUUUUUUCCAAAUUGCAGCCUAAAAGUUCGUAAAAAUUGUAAAUUGCAACCCAAUUCAACUUUUACAUUAAUUUACAUGUCGAAAAAUCUUCGAUUAAGGUUUUAGGGACCAUUUUAGUUUUUGAUAGAUUAAAUUAAACUCGAAAUUAGCAAAAAAAAAAUAACACAAGUGCAUGGUACUCCUGGAGUUUUAUAAAACUGGAGUACCGUGUAGAGUCUUAUGCUAGAAAUUACGGUCAAAAUACAAUUGUUUGCGUAUUAGGGAAGCUUAUAUACCGGCUCCUCUUAUAGUCUCGUUUUCAUUUUUCCCUCCAAAAUUGUUUGGCCAUUUUUGUUCAUCUUCCUUUUCAUAAAUUUCCCAAAUUUCAGAGAUGAACUGGGAAUAAACAGUGAUCCUCUAUUCCUGAUUUUUCUUAUUUAAAUUUCUUACAUUUUUUGAUUAAUUUUUACUUUCACUUCACAAACAUUACUUUUUCUUCAAUAAUUUUUUAGAUUAGGUUUUCUGUAAUUCAAUAAUCAAAUGAAUUCCAACAAGAAGAGAAUCAAUUUCAGAGGCGAUGUCAAUUUUUCAAGCAAAAAGAAGAAGAUUUCUGCUGUUUGGAUUGACCUAAUUCAAUUAGGUCACAAAAUUGAUGAUAGUAUUUCUGGGGGUUUCGAGUCUCUCUCCUCAAUGCUCGAACCCGAUAAGCCUUACACAAUUGGGCGGAGUAAUCGGGUCGCCCAUUUCAUAUUCAAUGAUUCCCGUGUAAGUAAGCAACAUUGUCAGAUUUUAUUUGAUUCUUUGGUUAAGAAAUUGUACCUCUUUAAUGGUGUUUUUUCUUCUUCUACUUGUAAUUGUAGCAAUAAUGAUAAAUUUUGUAUUGUUAACCAAUUUAGGGAUAGAUUAAUUGUUAAGGAUAAUAAUAUAAUGGAGCAAAAAGAAUUUUCUUUUUGUAAUUGUAUAUAUAGUUUUAAGGCUUCUUUGAAUGGAGUGUUUGUUAAUGGUGUUAAGAUUAAUGAGGGUGUGGCUGUGGAGUUGUGUGUUGGAGAUGAGGUUAUGCUUGUUUGUGGAAACACAAUUGGUGUUUGUGGUGGCUUGAAUUCUUGGAUUGGGUUUAUGGUUCGGAGCAUUGUUUUUCAAGAGGAGCUUGUGACACCGGGUUUUAAUGAAUUUCGGGUUGAGAGGCCGAGGUUAAGUAGACCCUUGUUGCCGGGUAAGGUGAACAAGAGGGUUUUUGCCACCUUGAGAGUGAGAGAUUUGAAGUCCUUGAGUUUUGAGUGUGAUGAAGUUGUCAGACGAGCAAAGACUCUUUCUGCUUGUUGCAAUCAAAUUGUACAUAGUGAUGAUCCUGUAUCUUAUAUUAGACGAUGUAUAGAUUCCUGCUAUUCUGUUGGCGGGUCAUUUGAUUGCGUCAUUGAGGGCAAUAGAUUCAAAGGCAUUGAGCCAAAUAAUAAUAUCAAAACCAUGACAAGGAGUGUUUCGAAUGUGGUAGUUGGGAAGCAACAUCCUGUUGAGACUCUUGUUGUGAAGGACAUUAGAGGUUUGAGGGAUACAAUGAAACAGUCAACUUUAGAUACUACAGUUUUGAGCGAGAAUUUAGUAUCGUCGGUGUUAAAAGCUCACACUUCAUAUCCAAACAUGUGUACUGGUAAUACUGAUAAUUCUUCAGAACCUAUCUGCAUAAAUGGGAGAAAUUCUCCUCUUUGUGAAGCUAUGAGGAAGACUGAAUGCCAUGAGAAGAUUCCUUCACCACCCGGGAAGAAUUUUUACUUAAAUGACCUUAAUUGCGUGCAUCAGGGUUCAUCUAGACAAAAUAAAGUUGUUUCCUUACCAGAAAUCCUGCACCCUGUUGAUAGCAUACUGAGAAUGUUUAUUGCAACCUUUACAAGUGAUAUUGAAUGGUUUUUGUCAUAUUGUGAUAUUCCUUCACAUCUGCCAGUUACGGUGGCAUGCCAUAAUACUGAGAAAUGCUGGAGCGGGGACCCCAGUGAGAGAUCUUGUGCGCCAUACCCUAACUUCCCCAAUCUAGUUGUAGUUUACCCUCCUUUUCCUGAAGUAAUAGCCUUUGGUAAGGAUCGGAAGAAUCGGGGCGUUGGUUGUCAUCAUCCAAAGUUGCUGGUUUUGCAAAGAGAGGAUAGUAUGCGUGUCAUAAUUACGUCUGCCAAUCUGGUUGCUAAGCAGUGGCAGAGUGUAACCAACACCAUUUGGUGGCAAGACUUCCCACACAAAAAAUCCCCUGAAUGCACAUCCCUUUUCAAUCGGCUUAACCGAAGUACGGAUAAUGAUCUGAGCUCCGAUUUUUCUGCUCAGUUGGCAGGAUUCAUGGCAACUCUUGUAAAUGAUGUUCCUAGUGAAGCCCACUGGAUUGUUGAGUUGACCAAGUAUGACUUUUCUGGGGCUAACGGCUAUCUAGUUGCUUCAGUUCCCGGAAUUCAUUCUUAUAAAUCCCUGUCUGCAGCUUCACCAUACUGUAAAUUUAAAUGCAGUGAAAUGUUGCUUGGCUCUGUUGAAGCUUCUGUUGUUGGUUUAAGUCAUCUUUUCCGGACAGCAGUUGACACAAAUGGUAUACAGCUUAGGAAACUGGCUUCUUAUCUUGACAAUUCUACUGUAUGUGGGGUGUCAGAGAUUCUACUAAGAAGAGAAAAAAAUGUACCUGCGGAUCCCAAUGCCGUGAGUGUUGUUGUUCCUAACUCCACGGAGCUAUCUAAAGGAGAUUGUGUACAACUCGGAUUCCUUCCCCGAGCAGUGGCAAAGUGGGUUUCCCCAUUAUGGGAUUCUGGAUUUUUUAGAUUUUGUGGACAUUUGUGUUCCAGGGAAGCUCUUGCAGCUGCUUUUGGAGAAAACAGCCUAAAAGUGCAACUGAUUCUUCAUGUAUCUCAGGGACCCAACUUUUUAGACUUGCCAAAGACAGUGAAUCCUGAACAUGCUGUUGCAUUUUGUUCUCUUGUUGCCUCCCUUCAGAGAUGUACUGGACUGAGGCGAUUGGAAGAGGUGCUACAUCGAUAUAAGUGGCCUGAACCUUUGGAAUCUGAUUUCAUUUACGGUUCUUCGUCUAUAGGAACCUCAGUCAGUGCACAGUUUCUAGCAGCAUUUUCCGCAGCUGCUGGUAAGAGAUCCCAAAAUUUGUAUGACUCAGAAGAAUCUGAUCCAGAGUGGGGUCGUUGGAAUACUACCCAUGAAUUGAAGAACCCAUCCAUACGAGUAAUUUUCCCAACCAUUGACAGAGUGAAGAGUGCACACUGCGGAAUACUACCUUCAAAACACCUCCUUAGCUUUUCAGAGAAAACAUGGCAAAGAUUGAAGACGGUGAACAUACUCCAUGAUGCCAUUCCUCAACCCGGUGAAAGAGUUGGGUAUCCUAUGCAUGUCAAGGUAGCGAGGAGGCGAUUCAAAUCAAAAAAAGAUGGAUCUUCAUUUGGCUGGAUUUAUUGUGGGUCACAUAACAUGAGUGCUGCUGCUUGGGGACGACCAAUUUCAAGCCCGUCUAGCAACUUAGUAAGUGGAAGAAGUGAAGAACAAUCUUCAGUUUCUAGUCUUCAUGUUUGCAACUAUGAACUUGGUAUCAUAUUUGUCUUUCCUCCACCAAAGAUUAAGGUCACUAGUCAAGAUAACGCCCCAAAUUUGGAUGAUAUUUGUUUGCCUUUUGUGGAACCUGCCCCAAGAUAUGGGCCAAGGGAUAGGCCGGCAACGAAGCGUGCAAUGAGUGAGGCCUUAACCGAACUUGCCAAGGAGGGAAGAGCAAUUGACCUUACUGCUGUAGAAGACGUGGUAGAAGAGGUUCCCAAUGAAGACGAUGAAGUUGCAACAGUGAAUUGUCUGGUACCAGAGGUAGAAGAGGACAUAGCCUAUGCUGAAUUUUUGUGGCACCAGUUGGACUCAUCUCAGAGUUGUUAAAGUUUAUUUUGAUUGGCCUCAAGAAAGUCGUCACAAAAUAUACUUCAGUCUAUAAAGUGAUUAGUUUUGUACUACCUCCAUUUCAUAUUAGUUACAACUUUGGAAUAUUAGUUUUGUACUUCCUUCGUUUCGUAUUAGUUACAACUUUGGAAUAUUUUAUAUCUCACCAAUAAAUACCCAAAGUUGCAAGUAAUACGAAAUGGAGAUAGUAUAUUUAAUUAUGAAGGAAGUUACAUGUCCUCCAACCUCACUUAGAAAGAAUGUAGAGGACGUAUCAACUUAUGUACGGAAUAUACAUAAUUGUUAAUUUAUGAUACUAAUAUACACACUGAUUGACGUCUACAACGAGCCUAUCAUACUUGGUUGAUGUGAAGGUAGUGUUUUUUACACAUACAUUCUUCACUAAACAUAUGUAAAUAAUGUCCC